UUCCGCGGGCGCCCCUCCCAGGAAGCCCCGGGUGGUGGGGCGAGCGUUUCCGGUGCCGGCCGCUGGAGCUGGCAGUUGGAGGACCAUGGCAAGCAGUGAGCGCACCUUCAUUGCCAUCAAGCCUGAUGGGGUCCAGCGGGGCCUCGUGGGAGACAUCAUCAAGCGUUUUGAGCAGAAGGGAUUCCACCUUGUCGCCUUGAAAUUCAUGCAGGCUUCUGAGGACCUUCUCAAAGAACACUACAUUGACCUGAAGGACUGUCCAUUCUAUACCGGCCUGGUGAAAUACAUGCACUCAGGGCCCGUGGUUGCCAUGGUCUGGGAGGGCCUGAACGUGGUAAAGACCGGCCGGGUGAUGCUUGGGGAGACCAACCCUGCCAACUCCAGGCCGGGGACCAUCCGGGGGGAUUUCUGCAUCCAAAUUGGCAGGAACAUCAUUCAUGGCAGUGAUUCUGUGGAGAGUGCGAAUAAGGAGAUCGGCCUAUGGUUUCACCCCGAGGAACUGGUCACCUACAAGAGCUGCGCUCAGGACUGGAUCUAUGAGUGACCUGCCGGCAGACCACAGAACCCCCACUCCACGUCCCCCUCCUGGCGUCCACAGGCAGGGGACCAGGCUGCAGCCCCCCUAGUUAUUUCUGGGGACUUCUUUAUCGUCUGGAGGGUAGCUGUCGAAGCUGAGUGCUCCUUGUUCAACGUUACCAGGCACCAUCCGAUUAAAAUGUUGUCACCCA